AUGCCAGUCCCAUCGUGGCUGCCCCUCGUGGCUGCUGCUCCCCUCGAUACGCGCCCUCCGAGCCCUUCGGUCUGCGACUAUCCCAACUCGUACCGGCAGACGCCGCACCGCCCCUUCUUCGACGAGUGGCGGGAGUCCCACGAGAGCGCCGUCAUGCCUCCGCUGGAAUACAUCAGCGACGAGGCCUUUGCGUGGCUGUUGACGUACUGCACGUGGGUCCUGUCGGUCAAGCGGCUCAAGCAGUUCUGGCAGGGCGCCCAGCUUGCCUUUCCACUGUUCCUGAACAUUGCCAUCGCGAGCCGGAGCUACUGGGGACUGCUGUUCCUCGUCCUCGGCCUGUGGAAGUGCGGUUCGCCCGAGACGAUCGCCUUCUACAAGCUGGCACGCAAGCGCAACGAUCCCUGGCUCGCGCGUCUCGAGCACGCGUGCAAUUUUCUAGGCACGCUCAUCCACCACUCGGCGACCUCGCUGCUGGUAGUCAGCCUCGUGACAGGGCGGGAGCUCCUCGACCGCAACAUGCUCACCUGCACGCUGCCCCUCGUCGUCCAGCACUGGACCGUCCUCCUCAAGUACGUUGACGCAUUGCUCUGCACGACAGCCGUUCUCGUCGUCGAGGUUGUCUGGGAGUGGGAGGUGCUCUGGAACCUGCAGCUCCACGACUGCAUUGGAUGGCACCUCGCGCUGAUAGCCUGGGCGAUGCUGGCCGCGCACUGGCUCUACCUCACCGCCGCGAUCAUCAAGCUUCUCCACGCAAGGCCCACGAGUGCAGCGAGUGAUAGCUCCGCCGGCAUCCCGGCUCGUUGGUCGGCGCGCUUCGCCGAGGGAGUCGAGCACAGAUUCUCUGAGGCUCGCCUCCGCUUGAGCACGCUCACGGAGAGCCCAGUCAACGGCAUGCUGCAAAAGCGGCAGAACGCCGCCUGGGGGAUCGCGGGGAAGACAAGUGUGCUUGCGCCCCUUUCUGGCGCGCCCAGGGGGGCUGGCGAGCCCCGCGUCAGGUUCCGGGUUCCACCCAAGGGGUCCCGCCGCGAAUCGUGCGGACACCACGAGGACUCUCGCGAAACCAACUCUCCGGGUACCCCGAGCAGCUCUGCCGGUCGGGCCGACUCCGACAUCGACGGAUGGCGAAGGAUCGUGCUGGGAUCGGGGAUGAGCUCUCGCCGCAAGCCUGGCCCAGUGCCGUAG